AUGAAUCGCUUCGAGCAACUUGAGAAAGACAUCAAGGGUGUCCUAGGCUCGUCCUCGGGAUUGACGUCCGAAGAUGUAGAAGUACUAGACCUGAUACAUAAAAUGGAACAAUAUGCAUCCGACGAGACGGAAUGGUCCAAAUAUGCGUGGGAAGAUUCAUCAAUGGCGUAUACCAGAAACCUCGUCGACGAGGGGAAUGGCAAAGCGAACCUGCUGGUACUCGUCUGGACGCCUGGGAAAGGUAGCCCGAUCCACGACCACGGUAAUGCUCAUUGCCUGAUGAAAAUCCUCCGCGGAACCCUCACCGAAACUCGAUACAACUUCCCUAACGACGACGACAAGCAACCAAUGCAAGUCAUUUCGGAAAAUCAUCGUAAGGAGAAUGCCGUCGUCUAUAUGGCAGACAACCUUGGCCUUCAUCGAAUGUCCAAUCAAGGUAGCGACUAUGCCGUCUCUCUCCAUCUCUACACCCCGCCGAACGUAGCUAAGUAUGGUUGCCAUACCUUCAACGAUGAGACAGGAGAAAAGAAACUGGUCAAGAGUAGCCACUAUUCGGCAUAUGGAAAACGGCUAUAG